CACUCUCCUACCAAAAAAGGAAAAAAGGAAUUUUUUUCUGAGUGCUCUAUCUAUACUCUGUUGUUCAUUUCUUCUGUUAAUAAAAAACGGUUGUUGUUUUCCCUUGGUGGAGGAGCUCAGGAGCAUCCAGAUCCCGCGAAAUUCUUCAUGAGGUUUUGAGCUAAAAAAAAGCAAUGGAUGCCAGUGCUAUUGAGAAUGCAACUAUUGCAAUUCAGGUCCCUGACGGUAGGGAUCCAGAGAUGGAAUCAGAGAUUCAUGGUUCACAAGAUUCUGGCUCACCUAAUGGAGAGGGGAUGCGGGAACUGAGAAGCGCUGGAGAAGUUCUAACAAGAGUGGAACUGGAUUUGGCUUACUGUUCCGAGAAGUUAGUAAACUUGGAUGUGCUUUUGAUGAAUGUGGCUGCAAGGGAAAGUGAUUUUGAAGCUAUAACUGUAGAGAGUGACGAUGUUUCGGUCGACUCUGUUGAGAAAGCAAUGGAAUUCAAUAUUUUAUCUGGAGUCUUAGAUUCAGAGGUUAGGGAACUGGAUAAUUUCAUGGAAUAUCUUGAAAGAGAAAUUGGGGAUACUCGUCAGAAAAUAUCUUCAUGUGAGGGCUUGCGAGAUGCUUUCCCAGAAAUGGAAGAGAAGUUGCAUGACUCUGAAGAAUCUUUGAAGCAAUCGAAAGAUCAGGUCUCUGAGUUGGGGAUGCAAUCUUCCAAGUUCCAGAGGACUUUGUUAGCGUAUAGCGGGCAAGAAGAAAAUUGGAAUGAUGGCAAGGGUGCUGAUUUUGGUGAAAGCAAUCAAUUUUCAAACAUGAAUGCCAAGUUGAAAAUGCAGACUGCUGAACAACAAAGACAUAUUCUGAGAAUGCUGGAGAAAUCCUUGGCAAGGGAGUUAGAUCUUGAAAAGAAGCUAUCUGAAUCAAGACAAAAUGAAGAAGACAUGAAAUUAAAGCUACACUCUAUGGAACAAGAAGUGUUCUGUGUGGAAGAAGCUGAGGAGAUUGUUUGUGAGAGAUUAUUUGAAGCAGAGAGUGCUGCUGAGAUACUAAUGGGAGUUUCAAAAGAAAUGAUGGGUCGACUCCAGAUUGCUCAGUUUAAUCUAAGUAGUGCAAUUAAACGAGAGAGUGAGAUGAAUUCUCAACUUAAGGAUUCCAUGGAACAGGUAAGUGCUAAAGAAAGUUCUUUUCAGAAGCUUGAAUCCAGUAAUACAGAAUUCGACAACCUCCUUCUAGAUCAGACAACCAGCCUAAAAGCUGACCUGAAGGAAGCUGCGGAUAAAUACAUCCUUGCAAGUUCUGAGGCCUCCACUUUAAGGGAAAAAGUGAAUUCUCUUGAGGAGCAACUGAAAGAAUCUGAUAUUAAGCUACAGAAUGCAAAUGCUUCCUGGGAGGAAAGUCUCGAGCAGAAUAAUAUUUUUAAUUCUGAAAUAAGUGACAUGGAAAAUGUAAUUGAGGAUCUGAAAAAAAGUGUUUCUGAAGCUGAAAGUAAAGCAGAGGUUACUGAGGCCAAAUGUGUGCUGUUAACGGAGACUAACUUGGAACUUAACCAAGAGCUGGGUCUUCUUAAGAGCACUGGUAAUAACACAGAGAAGAUAAACGUUCUUGAGGAGCAGUUGACGGAAGCUGAUAUAGAACUACAACACGCAAAGGCAUCUGCUGAAGCAAGUCAGGAGCAGCAGACUCUGUUGAAUUCUGCAAUUGAUGAUAUGGAAAAUUUAAUUGCAGAUCUGAAGUUAAAAGUUUCAAAAGCUGAAAGUAGGGCUGAGAGUGCAGAAGCAAAGUGUAUUCUAUUAUCUGAAACUAACUUGGAACUUAAUGAGGAAUUGAAUUUUUUGAGGGGUAGAAUGGAAUCCUUGGAGUCAUCUUUCCGUAAAGCUGACAGUGCUAAAGUAGCAACUGCAAAGGACAUUAGCAUUAGGACCAAAGUUAUUACGGAUCUGGUCAUGCAACUGGCAAAGGAAAGGGAGCGUGUCCAGAAGCAGGUCUUAACUCUUCACUUGACUCAUUGUCCCAUUUUCAUGAUUAAAAAUUAA